CGAUCCGUCGAUUGUCCGCACGCGAAGCCCUCCUCCUCCUCCUCUCCGCCGGCGCCGAGAGAGAGCGCUCCCGAUUCCAGCGCCGAGAUCAAUUCAUCACCGCUUCCCUCCCGCGGCGGCCGUCCUUCGUUCGUGCACAUUGCAGGUCUUGACUUGUCGACACCAUGUCAUCGCUUGCCACAGGCUUGUUGCCAGGAACCGUAGUCACGAAUGGUUUUACUAGCAGAAUUCAAGGUUCACAAUUUCAGAGAACUCAAGUUAACUGCAUCUCAUUUAAAGGGGAAUUUUCUACUAAAGCAACAGUGAGGAGUGUAAGAUGCAAAGCUGCUCAAACCCAGAGUGUUCAGCGCAAAUCUUCAACUGCGACUGCUAAGCGAUCUGAUCCCAAAGGUAAAACUCAAGCACCUAAACUGGAUGAUGGAAGCGGUGGGUUCCCUCCGUUCCGUUUUGGCAAAGGAGGCGGUGGGGGUGGAGGGGGCGGUGGCGGCGGCAACUACUUUGGUGGGUUCCUUCUCUUCACCAUCGUGCUGCUCCUGGAUUACCUGAAGGAGUUCGAGAAGUACCUGCUUGCUCGAAAGCAUCGGGCCAGAUAUGAUGAAGACGACACGAGCAAUGGGCUGCUAGAGCCAUCAUCAUGAGUCUUAUUCGCACUAGCAGUCUCUAGCGUUUGAUCUGCAAGAUCUUUUCAUGUCUGUCCUUAGAACCGCAUCAUAUAACAGCCCUAUAUUUUUAAGCUAUCCCAGUCUUGAUAAGUUACGUGAUUGUGCCUGAGAUGCUGAAACUUCAUGCCACAUGGCUGCUGUACUAGAGAGAUGCCGAAACUUCAUGCCAUCUGGCUGCUGCACUAGAAAUAUAAGAGAUCCAGAUUGAUUGUAAUGCUUGGUUGCUUCUCAUAGCUGGAGAAUGUUUGUACUGGAAACAUAAGAGUAGUGAUCCAGAUUGAGUGGAAUGCUUGACGGCGAUCUCUUUCUCAUUGCAUGAAUCGGGGGAUGGAACAUGGAAUUACCCCAGGCAAUCAUUUUGGAGGAAAGAAAAGGAUUGACACAACUGUGUGGA